AUGCAGGUGCUACAGGGCGCGCCGCAGGUGGUGCAGCUGCACGACGUUAUCGAGGACGAACAGUUCGACACGUCGCAGGCCGUCCACGUCAUCACGGAGCUAUGCGAAGGAGGCGACCUGUUUAAUCUCCUUCUGAUCAACGGCCGACUCCCGGAACGCACGGCAUCGCACGUGGUUAAGACGCUCGCCGAGGCGCUCGUUACCUUCGAGCGCGUCGGUCUCGUGCAUAGAGACUUGAAGCUCGAAAAUAUCUUCGUUUCCGAGAUCGCUAGCACGGAAAUCACAUUUUCCGCGAAAAACCGCGGGGACAGAUCUGGCGACGGCUCUCACGACUACUCUUCUCUGUGCGUUGAACGUGAGCAGCAGGAGCAAGAGCAGGGGCAGCAGGGAGGGCAGGAGGAGGAGAAGGAGGAGGAGGAGGAGGAGGAGGAGGAGGAGGAGGAGGAGGAGGAGGAGGAGGAGGAGGAGGAGGAGGAGGAGGAGGAGGAGGAGGAGGAGCAGCAGCAGGAGCAGCAGCAGGAGCAGCAGCAGGAGCAGCAGCAGGAGCAGCAGCAGGAGCAGCAGCAGGAGCAGCAGGGAGGGCAGCAGCAGCAGCAGUCCCUCUCCAUCCACCAUUCCUCCGAUCUGCUUCCGACAGACCUGCCACGCAAUCAACACUUCCGAGUAGCAGAGCCUUCCGCAAGUCAGCUUCCAUGCCUGCAGAAAGAACUCUGCGCGCCUCUAAGGCGCUUUCCGACCCGCUGA